CACAUGGAGGCUCCCGUGGAACUCGGGCCCCGAGGCCGGCAGGCCGGCCCUGAGCGCCGCCGCUGGCUGCGCUGCCUGGUGCUGUCGGACUUUGGAGAGGAGCUGCGAGCGCUCCUGGUGCUGGCAUGCCCCGCGUUCCUGGCGCAGCUGAUGGUGUUCCUGAUCAGCUUUGUGAGCUCCGUGUUCUGCGGCCACCUGAGCAAGCUGGAGUUGAACGCCGUCACACUGGCGAUCGCGGUCAUCAACGUCAUGGGUGUUUCCGUGGGGUUCGGCCUGUCUUCUGCUUGCGACACCCUCAUCUCCCAGACCUACGGGAGCCGGAACCUGAAGCACGUGGGCGUCAUCCUGCAGCGCGGCACGCUCAUCCUGCUGCUCUGCUGCCUGCCCUGCUGGGCGCUCUUCCUCAACACCCAGCACAUCCUGCUGCUCUUCAGACAGGACCCGGCCGUGUCCAGGCUCACGCAGACCUACGUCACGAUCUUCAUUCCAGCCCUGCCUGCGACCUUUCUUUACACCUUACAGGUGAAAUAUCUGCUCAACCAGGGCAUCGUACUGCCCCAGGUCGUCACUGGAGUUGCAGCCAACCUUGUCAAUGCACUCGCCAACUACCUGUUUGUGUAUCAGCUGCAUCUCGGGGUGAUGGGUUCUGCGCUGGCCAACACAGUAGCCCAGUUCACCCUGGCCCUCCUCCUCUUUCUCUACAUCCUCAGGAGCAAGGUGUAUCAGGCCACGUGGGGAGGGUGGUCCCUGGAGUGCCUGCAGGACUGGGCCUCCUUCUUCCGUCUGGCCAUCCCCAGCAUGCUCAUGCUGUGCAUGGAGUGGUGGGCUUACGAGAUCGGCAGCUUCCUGAGCGGUCCGUGUAUCUUGGGCAUGGUGGAGCUGGGGGCCCAGUCUGUCACUUACGAGCUGGCCGUCAUCGUCUACAUGAUCCCUAUGGGCUUAAGUGUGGCUGUCAACGUCCGGGUAGGAAACGCGCUGGGUGCUGGAAACAUUGAGCAAGCAAAGAAGUCGUCCGCGGUUGCGCUGCUGGUCACAGAGCUGGUUGCUGUUGUCUUCUGUGUCGUGCUGUUGAGCUGCAAGGACCUUGUGGGGUACAUUUUCACUAGCGACCGUGACAUCAUCGCCCUGGUGGCCCAGGUGACCCCCAUUUACGCCGUUUCCCAUCUCUUUGAAAGUCUUGCUGGAACGAGCAGCGGCAUUUUGAGGGGAAGUGGCAAUCAGAAGUUUGGAGCCAUUGUCAAUGCCAUUGGGUAUUACGUGGUUGGUCUCCCCAUUGGCAUUGCUCUCAUGUUUGCAGCCAAGCUUGGAGUGAUCGGCCUGUGGUUAGGGAUCAUCGUCUGUGCUGUCUCUCAGGCUGUGUGUUUUCUCGGCUUUAUUGCUCGGCUAAAUUGGACAAAAGCCUGCCAACAGGCUCGGGUCCAUGCCAAUUUAACGGUAAAUACGACCUCGAAUGGGAAUUCUGCUGUCCUCCCAGAACAGCCUCACCCAGUGGGCCCUGACAGCCAUGGAGGAAUCGUACUGAGAGAUGCUGACAGAAAGGAAGGGGCCGAGUUGAACGAGCAGGUGCACCCAGGGCUGCCUCUUCCCGUCCGCCCUGAGGAUAGCACGCAUUUGUCUGGGAAACAGCUGGUGCUGCGGCGGGGGCUCCUGCUGCUGGGGGUCGUUUUAGUCUUGCUCGUGGGGAUUCUAGUGAAAGUAUAUGUCAGAAUCCAGUGAUGCGGCUGGAGGCCGGUCACGCGAUACAACGCACUAGACUUCCGAAGGGGGUCUGUCUCCGUGGAUCCAUCCUCAGUGGACAAGACUGUACAUGGACAACGCGUUGAAUCCCCCGCACCAACUGAACCUCGCAGCUCUGUAGCACAGCACGCUUGAGAAUCUCACUGCUUUGACCUUGUGACCGUGGGGCUGCCGGCGAGCUGCUCAGAGUUUGGGACAAGACCCAAAGCCAAAAUGUACGCAGUUUCUCCAGAAGGCUUAACGCUCUCACUAUUUAUGAAUGCACUCAGUAUCAUUAAUUAACGCACUCACAUUCUGAAGUCAGACCAUUUGAAGUGGAAACGUUCUAAGCUGGGACGUCUUCCGAUUCAUAAGCACAGCAGUGGUAAUUAACUGUGUUCAUCUAAUCCAGUAGCACCAUAGAUUUUAGGUUUUGAAGACGCACACUCAAAGACAGAUCUGCCUAAGGAGGAAAUGAAGGCAAAGUUAAAAAACUCACUCUGUCCCAGGACGCUGUCUGCAAGGUGACACUGGAUAAUAAUAAUUCACCCAUGAUUGACUCAACCGAGGCCUACCUUGUCCUCACGGCAAUGAUCCAUGGCUUUGCAUUGCUUCUGCUUCCUGCCUUUGGCGUUACAAACCUAUAUACAAAAUUCUUAAUGUGUGAACUGUU